CUCUCUUUAGGAAUGGAGAAGCUGGUGGUUUGUCCCUACAAAAGGCCAAAUGCCCUCUGUAGGCUGAUUUGCUUUCCGUGGGCUGCAGGUGGAACUUCUGCCCUUGCUCGAUGGGGCAGACUCUUCAGCAGCUCAACUGAAGUGUACUCUCUGAGGUUUCCUGGCAGAGAAAGUCGUCUGGAGGAGCCUUCUGCAAAGGACAUGGCGAGCUUGGUUACUGAAAUCAUAACUGCUCUGCUCAAAGAUCUGCAAGAAAAACCAUUUGCAUUUUUUGGUCACAGUUUUGGAUGUUACGUUAGCUUUGCAGUUGCACUCCAGCUGAAAGAGAAGUAUGGACUGGAGCCAUUCCACCUCUUUGUGUCAGGGGCACAUGCCCCAAACUCUGAGGCACUUCUUCACAUCAAAUGCAUCCCCGUACAUGAUGUAGCAGAUGAAGACAUUAUUAAAUAUAUAACAAUUCAAGAAGGAACUCCCUCUGAGUUUCUGCAAAGUGAGGAGAUUAAGAAACAGCUGAUCCAGACCUUCAGAGAGGACGUCAGACUUCUUCAGACCUCCUCCUUUGAGAAGGCAGAGAGAAACAUUCUCCUCUCCUGUGACAUCACCUGCUUCAAUGGGUCUGAGGACAAGCCCUAUGAUUUAAAAGCCUUGCCUGAGAUGACAAGUGGAGACAUUUCCUCAUACAAGCUUCCUGGAGGUCACUUUUAUCUGCUGGAACCCUCCAAUGAGACCUUCCUGGCAAAACACAUCACAAGAUGCAUAGAGAAUGCUGGGCUAUGA